AUGGAAAUGGAUGAUCAGAAUUCUAGUGGUGAUGAGAGUACUGAGUAUGUUGUAAAUGGAUAUCGGAGUGAAAAAGAGCCUAACAUGGAGGGAACAGUUGAAUUGUUUGAGAGGAAUAUAGAGGAAGAGCAAAACUGCAUCGAUCAUAUUAUGGAGAUCAAGACCCUCCUUCAAAACAAUGACAUAUAUGUGGAUCCUAAGGCUGUUUUUUUCCUCUGGUUUUUCGAUUCCCAGUUGCAAGUUGCAGGGUAUUUUAAGAAUGUGAUAGCGGAACGAGUUGAUCUGGAAGCUGAGCUAGCAAGGAAACAAGACCCUAACCCUUUAGCUAAUGGUAAAGUGCUUUAUAAUAUUCCAAUGGAUGAAAGAUGCCCCAUGAGUACAAUACCUCCAUCUGAAAUAGAUACGUUCUUUGAUGAUUUGGAUGAUGAUGGAAAUCUUAAAAUUCCCAUCCCUGAAGGACAGAGUAAUUUGAUGGAUAGGGGUGAAGGGUUAACAUCCAUCAGCGCCAUCUUAAGAAGAAAAGAACAACUGAUCCAAGAACUGAUUUAUAACAAUCACGAAGACAAGAAGGAAAACCAAAUGUUGCAAAAGAAGAGAAAACUUGUCAAAAAGAAGUUACCAGCAGCUGUCCGUGCCACAAAUAAGCGCCAAAUGCUUACAAGAUGGAGGAGACCAUCUGAUACUCAAGAUGCCUUACGCAGGUUUGGACAAAGAAGACAACAAGUAGGUGCUAUUGAGAAUCAUCGUGUGAUUGUGAAGAACAAUAUUGAGAAGGAAAAGGAAGCUGACGUUCUUGAGAAUCAUCGUGUGAUUGUGAAGAACAUUAUUGAGAAGGAAAAGGAAGCUGAUGUUGUUGAGAAUCAUGGUGUGAUUGUGAAGAACAUUGAGAAGGAAAAGGAGGGUGGUGUUGUUGAGAAUCGGGUGAAGAACAUUGAGAAAAAAAAUGAAGUUGAUUUUGUUGAGCAUGGGAUGAAGAACAUUAAGAAGCAAAAUGAAGUUGAUGUUGAGAACCGCAUGAAGAACAUUAAGAAGAAAAAUGAGGUUGAUGUUGUUGAGAAUCGGGUGAAGAACAUUGAGAAGAAAAAUGAAGUUGAUGUUGUUGAGAAUCGGGUGAAGAACAUUGAUAAGAAAAAUGAAGUUGAUAUUGUUGGGAAUCGGGUGAAGAACAUUGAGAAGAAAAAUGAAGUUGAUAUUGUUGAGAAUAGCAUGAAGAACAUUCAGAAGCAAAAUAAAGUUGAUGUUGUUGAGAGUCGGGAGAAGAACAUUGAGAAGAAGAAAAAUGAAGUUGAUAUAGUUGAGAAUCGCAUGAAAAGCAUUAAGAAGCAAAAUGAAGUUGAAGUUGAGAAUCGCAUGAAGACCAAGAACAUUGAGAAGGAAAAGGAAGAUAAUGAAGUUGAGAAUAGCAAGAAGAACAUUGAAAAGGAAAAGGAAGUUGAUGUUGAAAAUCAUUUUAAGAACAUCAUGAAGGAGAAGAAUUUUGAUGUUGAAAAUCCUUUGAAGAGCUUUAAGCAAUGCAAGGAAAUUGUUGAUGGAAAUCCUUUGAAGAACUUUAAAAAUGACAAGAAAAUUGAUGUUGAAAUUCCUAUGAAGGACAUGAAAAAGGACAUUGGUGGAAGUCACUUGAAGAACUUUAAGCGGGACAAGAAAUAUGAUUUUGAAAAUCAUUUGAAGGAAAUGAAGAAAGACAAAAAGAACGAUUUUGAAAAUCCUGUCAAGGACAAGAAAAUUGAUGUUGAAAGACACUUGAAGAACUUUAAGCAGGACAAGAAAACGGAUUUUGUAAAUCCUUUGAAGAAAAUGAAGAAGGACGUGGAGAUUGAUGUUGAAUGUCCUCUGAAGAACUUUAUUAAGGACAGGAAAUUUGAUGUUCAGAGUCAGAGGAAUGACAUUAAGAAGAAGGAAAAGAGAAUAGAUGCUGCAAAUCAUGUUAUUGGGAUCAAGAGGCACAAGGAAAUAGAUGGAGAAAAUCAUAUGUUGGGGAUCAAGAGGCACAAGAAAAUGGAUGUUGAAAAUCAUGUGAGUGAAAUCAAGAGGAGAGACAACCAGGUUGCUGUUGAAAAUCAUGUGAGUGACAUCAGGAAGGAAAAGAAAAUAAAUGAUGGCAAUCAUGUGAAGAACAUAGAAAGGAGGGAGAAGCAAAGAGAGGUUGAGAGUCUGAUGAUGAAUAACCAGAAUGUCAAGAAGAUAGAUGCUGAAAAUCAAAGAGUUUUCAUCAAUAAGAUCAAGCAGGAAGCUCCUGAUGAAAGUUCAAAUGCUGCUCUUAGACAUCCAACCCGGCCAUCAAAUGAUGCUGAAGAUAUUGAUGAGAAAUUUGAAGCUUCAAAGAGAAAGCUUGCUCAAGCAAUCAAAGAUCAUGAAAGGGAUGCCUUACACGGGUUUGGACAAAGAAGAAAACAAGUAGGUGCUGAUGAGAAUCAUCGCGUGAUUGUAAAGAACAAUAUUGAGAGGGAAAUUGACGUUGAUGUUGUUGAGAAUCAUCACGUGAUGGUGAAGAACAUUGAGAAGGAUCGAGAGGUUGAUAUUUUUCACAAUCAGGUGAAGAAUAUUGAGAAGAACAUUGAGAAGAAACAUGAAGUUGAUAUUGUUAAGAAUCACAUGAAGAACAUUAAGAAGCAAAAUGAAGUUGAUGUUGAGAAUGGUAUGAAGAAAAAGAACAUUGAGAAGGGAAAGGAAGAUGAUGUUGUUGAGAAUCAAGUGAAGAACAUUGCGAAGAUAAAAGGGAGUUGA